AGUUACUGAGUAGCGCAGGGAUGCAGACACUGUUUCUCAUGAGCAACAUGCGGAGUACAAUGUAACCGGCUUAAAUGUAGCGCGGCUUUUAUUUCUCUAGUCUUUUUUUUCUCUCUCUCGUGAUUCCAGCAGGACGGAAUAAACUCCGGGAAUGGCUGAGCCCUUACUGAAGCGGACCCUGUCCAAACUCCGGGGCAGAGAGAGAUCCCGGCGCAAAACCGAGCCCAGAGUCAGCGGUAACGAUGGACCGAGGAAGACCGAGCUCGUCCAUAGCUCUUCAUCAUCCUCGGUGACCGAGAUUGCAGAUGAUUUCACGAGAUACACACAGAUCACUGUGGCCAAAAAACAGAAUUGGGCAAAACUCUCCUCCGUCUCCCAACAGCUCCCAAGCCUGAGCUCUGUGUCUCAGGAGCGAGAAAGCUGCUCAAGCAAGGCCCAGGCUUCCAAACAGGCCUCUCUCAGGGAAAAUGGUUUCGAGGGGAGAUGGAAAGAUAUACAUAAAGAUGCGACCUACCCCAGAGUUUGCCAGAAAGCUGACAUGGCUGAAGGUGCUGAAACAGGUUUUCCUGAGUUAGUAACCCCUCCGGUCAAAGAAUACUGCGCCUCCUUGGGCAUUGGGAAGCUCUCCGGGCAGGGAGUGUACCUUCAGCACCUGGAAAGGAGCAGCCGAGCUUGGGUGCUCUCUUCAGGAAAGACCCAGGGUCCGGAUGAGGCCUAUACAACCUGCUUCACUGAGAGACGGCAUGUGAUUGAGAGCGAGAGCAACAUUUGGUACAACCCAAUCCCAGAGGAAGAGGAUGCUCGGGCUGGCGGAGAGAAGCUGAAGGAGAAGAAAAAGGAGAAGGAUGUACUCGAAGAUCCAUGGAAAAGAAGAGAGAUAAAGGGAGCAUCAGAGGAACGGAGAGAUGUUCACCAACAGUCUUGUCAUCCCGAUGAUCAUUAUCUGGGUCGUGGUAGUGUUAAUGAUGGUGCCAGUGGGACUGCGAGGGGUUCAGCAGGCUCUUCUGGCAGUCCUGGAGCACAAGCGAAAAGCUCAGGCGGAAUCACGAGCAGCAGCAGCAGCAGCAUGAUGGAGAAGAUUAAAUCCCCCGGCACAGUACGGCGUCUCUCUAUGAAGAUGCGCAAGCUGCCAGAACUGCGUCGUAAGCUUAGUCUGCGCUCAUCACGUAACCAGAGGCACGUUCAAGGACAGGGGGGUGGUAUUGAUGCACCAGGGGGCGCCGAUGAGGCAUCACCUCCCAACGCACGAAAAGAAUCCUCUAGCAAUGUUAUCAGCAGGUACCAUUUAGACACCAGCGCUCCCGCCAGACCGAAACGUCGAUCAUCGCGCAUGCGUUCUGCAAGCAAAGGUGGUUAUCUUAGCGAUGGUGACUCCCCUGAGCUUCUUCCCAAACAGGGUUUGACUGAGGGGUCUCAGGGAUCAGGUCAAGACACACCGGCGUCAUCAACAGCUCGCGGGUGGCAGGACGCAGUAGGCUCAUUCCGGCACUACUCGCUAGCAGAGCAGCCGAAGUGCGCCCAGAGGGUGUCCGGUCUCCUCACAGUGCAUCUGCUCGGUGUCUCUGAACUCGUGCGAUCUCGCACGGCUAAAGACGUCUUCUGUGCCAUCCAGGUGGAUGGAGUGACACGAGCCCGCACUGCUUUGCUCACCUGCUACGAGACGUCGCUCUCACUGAACCACACCUUCAACCUGGAGCUAGAGCGAGCGCGCAUGCUAAAGCUGAUUGUUCUCACACCAAGUGCUAAUCAUUUAGAUGAAUCUACUGGUCCUGUUGGUCAAUCACGCAACCGGGUAUGUUGCCUCGGCGCCGUGGCAAUCCCUCCUCUGUUUAAAGCCUCCCGGACACAGCAGCUGUGUGUGAAGCUGGAGCCGAGGGGUUUGCUCUAUCUGAAGCUGACUCUGUUGGAGCAGUGGGAGGCGCCAACGCCCCGCCUCAGCGAGCUGCCUCCUCCCUCAGUAUUCGGCGUGGAGCUGCGCCGCCUGGUGGAGAAAGAGGUGUGCAACCUCAAAGUGCCUCUCAUCAUUCAGAAAUGUGUGGCUGAGAUUGAAAAGAGGGGACUCAAGGUUGUGGGUCUGUAUCGUCUCUGUGGCUCUGCAGCAGUUAAGAAGGAGCUGCGUGAUGCAUUUGAAAAGGACAGUGCAGGCGUCACUCUCGAUGAAGAGCUGUAUCCUGAUAUCAAUGUCAUUACAGGCAUUCUGAAGGAUUAUCUGCGUGAGCUGCCGUCUCCGCUUAUCACACGGACUCUGUAUGAGGUGGUGCUGGAAGCCAUGUGUAUGAGACCAGCCUGCAGGAAUGAUGACACACACCGAUCACACAACACCGUCACCCUGCUGCACUGUCUGCCUGAGCCAGAGAGGGCCACACUCUCUCUCCUGCUGGAUCAUCUGAGUCUGGUGGCUUCCUUCAGCGACUGUAACCUGAUGACGUGUCAGAACCUUGCUGUGUGUUUCGGCCCUGUUCUGCUCACCCCGACGCAGGACUCAUGGAAAGGAGCGGGGCCUUACGCUUUCCCAUCGGCCCAUGCCGAAUCUGGAAGCAGCCAGGGAGGAAGGAGCUUAACCCACCAGGGCAUGGAGAUGGCGAGCGCUGUGGACUUCAAGCGGCACAUCGAGGCUCUGCAUUACCUGCUGCAGCUCUGGCCGAUUCCAACAGGAAGAGUGAUUGAUCAGUCACCCUACCAUUUAGAGGACGAAGAUGCUCCUCCUCCUCCCCACCCCCAGAAUUCCCUGCAGCGUCGCUCUCAGCGACCGUUGUUACGCGUGGAGCUGCCGUUACCCCAGGACGUGGCGGUGGUCUCACGUAGGGGACGGGGCCGUCUGGAAAGCCCACCAUGUAACCGCUACGCUGGCGACUGGAGCGUGUGUGGCCGGGACUUCAUGAGCAACGAUGACGCCGAUUACGACGAGGUGGCAGGCAGCGAGAGCGAUGAGGAGAAGAAGAAGGACUGGGCGUACACGGACGAUUUUGCGCUGGACUUCGACGCGCCGUUUACAUGCAGACUGAGUUUGAAAGACUUCGAUAAUCUAAUCUCAGAUCUGGAGCGCGAACUCGCCAAACAGAUCAACAUCUGCCUCUGAGGAAAAAAACUAAACAAAAACAAAACCUGUAUCUGCAAUGCGUUCAAAUCAGUCAGCAGGAAACGAAGCAAUAAGAAUUAAACAUUUACUAUGAAGAAUAAAAUAAUUGAUCAUCCACGACAUGAGAUGCCACUAAACAUGAGACGUGUUUAUUUAUCAGGUUUCAUGUACAAAAACCUAAAAUAUGUACAUAAAGACCUGAUGCUGGGGAAAAAAAAAAAAAAGAAAAAUGCACUGCAGAUACAGGUGUUCGCGCAUGCAGGUUAAUUAUGAAGGUCGACGACAAGCAGGAACUUCUGCUUCAGUAAAGUGUGAAGUUAUAUUUAAUAGAAUACACAGACAGAGGUGUGUGUAGGGAAAAUCAUGCAGAGCCCCAGAAACACAGGUGUUAGGUUUCAUUCACAGCACAAACACUAUGAAGCAGACAUGAUUGGUCUAAAAGGGAACGAGUAGUAAAUAAUUUUUUCUAGGGAUGUCAUGGUAAUACACCCCAGCUCCUUAAUGUCCCACCAGAAUCUCUGGCUUUAUGGUCAGGAUUCACUAACGCUACAGUUUCUACGCUAUUUUACACACCAUUUACUGUAUUAUACAUUUCCUGGGGAGUUUCCUAGCAAAGCUAAAUUAUAGCAUGUCGCUUAACGCAGCGCUCGCCAGAGGGUACAAUCUCGUCGCACAAUACAAAUUAUUAGUUAAGCAGGAAAGAAACAUGCAAUGAUUUUUUUUCCUUGAGAGCAUCAUGACUGCAUUGAAUCUCAAACAUGAUCUUGAUGGUCGUAAACUUGUCCUUUUUUGGACAGGUUUCCAUUUGGAAAGCAGAAUAAAAAAAGCUAAUUAGUAGUGCUGCACAUUUUGAUAAAAAAAAAAAAAAUCACUUUGCAGUUAUUAAUAAUUAAUAUAACUAUUAAAUUUACUAUUUUGAAUUCAAAGAUUUAUCGAGGCUAACACCAAAUAAUUGGACAAAUGAUCUCAUUAGGAGGAUUUCUCUAAUUAAGUAAAAAAAUAAAUAAAUAAAUACCUGUACUUCAAUUAUUGACAAACUCUACACAAUUAUCCAAUUAUUUGCCCAUUACCUGUAAUAAAUUGCAACCUUCUGCAUUUAAAUGAUUGCAUGCCUCCGUUACACAAUUUUGCUUUUUUUGCCAUUAAUUGUGCAGCACUACUAGUUACUAAGGUUACAUGUCUAAUUUCGGCUUGAUCACAUUUAUUAUUUUACUGCAUUGUUAUAAACUGCUGUUUAACCUGAACAAAUUGUCCUAACUGAAAACCACAUUCCAGCUCUCUCUUUUAUACUAAAGUAAAGAAACCAAAGAACACAAAUUUAUCCAUUUUUAGAUACAAUUAACUUUAUAAAGUGACCAAUAGUCACAAGUUAAAUUCUAUCACUAAAAUGUCUCCUUUUUUUUGUGGUCAGAAUUUACACUUCAUUUGCUGACUUUAUUUGAAUGGUUUUUAAAAUUAUAGGGCUAAAUCUGGAUUUUCGAUACACGACUAUUGUUUUAAAGCAGCAGGAGAGCCUGUGCGGUUCCUAUUCAUGCACGUCGUCGUUCCCUUUAAAAUAAAGAUUCCCAUCCAGUGUGACGCGCCAGCGGCGCUCAGGCCAAGUGUUGCAUAAGGUUUUCCACUGGGACAUUCCAUUUCUGGUCCACACUUAAUGCUGGAGAUGCUUUCUCUGUUCUGUUCCUGAGUUCAGAAAGACUGCAUUUUAUUCUCACGCUGAUGUGUUUCCUGUCCCAACUAGCCCUGUCAGUGAUGCCUUAAUGGAAACAGAUUUUUUUCCUUUAUCCUAAAUGUAGAUUAUGAGCCAGCAUAAAGUCUUGACAUUUGAACUAUGAAUAUGUUUUGGUCGCUAGAAAUGCUUUUUAGCCUUUGAACUACCAUUCAGGUGUUUGUAGUCCAGUACUUUUCAGUAUUAGAGGGAAAAUUGCAAUUUGCUUUGACUGAGAAAGAUAAAUUACUUAAUUUGCACAGUUCACUUUGAGCUUGUCGGUAUUUCAGCGAAGAAGAAAUGAUUAAUUCAGGAUCUUUCAGGCCUGAAAAUGAGCACAAUGUGCAUUAGCUAAAAAGGACACACACACAAAAACAAACUCCCAGACCAAAGACGUUUGAUGGUUCUUUUGCACUUCUGUAUUUUGUAUAUGGUUAUAUUAUGUUGCUGCUUUCUAGGUUGAGUGCAGUACACGGUGUUGCCGUUGCUGGUGUAGCACUGUUUCUUUUACAUUUGAGCAUGGUACAUAUGUUUAUCUGACUGUGAUUUAGUUAAGUAAAAAAAAAAAAAAAGGACAUAAGGAAUUCAAAGGCCAUUACAGAGCAAAGGUUGCUCAUUAUGCAAAAUGUUGUAAUCAUUUUUUAUUCUAUAUAGUAUUAUUUUGUAUUGCACAUUUACAGCAAGCACUUAUUAUUUUGUUCUAGGUAAAAAAAAUACUCUUAAAUUGGUACCUUUAAGUGCCCUUCAGUGUUAACCAAAUACAAAUAAAAGCACAGUAUUAUAAUUCCUCAGCAAAUUUCUCGUGUCAUAAAGAGUAAACCAAUAUUGUAUUUAACAUUUGGAAUUGUGUAAUUUUUUUGUAAAUCUUAUAUUAAAUACUAAGUAACUGUG